GAACUCAUGACAAGAGUCAACCUGAGAUCAGAACAAAGAAACAAACCACAUCACAGUCUCCAUCCAGCCUAUUUUUGCGUCCCAGCUGCAGCAGAGCCAGUGGAAAUGGAGAGCAUGCAGGAGUUGAUCCCCUUUGCCAAAGAGAUGCUGAGCCAGAAGCCCAACCGGGGUCUGCUGAAGGUCUACCUGCUGGGUUCAGUGUUUGCAGUGCUGGGGACAGUCAUCGGCCUGGUGGAGACCGUGUGCCACCCAUUCUCUUCCGGGGAGUCACUUGAUGCAGAAAUGGUCCUCCUAAUAGCCCGGGAGCAGAGGACUGUGGAGGCCGAGACACAGCACAGUGUACAGGGACAGGUGGAGGAGGAAGAGGAGGAGGUGCUGGCUCAUGAAAAUGGGGCUGCAACUAUGAACAUGAAUCUCAACAAGACCCACAGACUCAGCCAAAGGAGUAUUACCAACCGGCUGCACGCUUCCUAAAGCUGAAGGGGUUAUAGUGACUCAAGAUAUUUAUCACAGAACUGCUCCUGCCACUAAGCUGAGCAAUGUGUCUGAAGCCUUACAGACAAGUGUCUGAGCUGUCUGUCAUUCUGUGCUGCUUUUUAACGAUGCCUUCAGAUGCAGUGAGAAAUGUUUCUCAGUGUUUUAUGCAUUGAGCACACAUGAAAAACCCCUGAAGGCCUCAGCUGCAGCCCACAUGGAAGAGCUGGGGCUCUCUGACAGGCCCCGCUACUGUCAACAGAUCAUGGAAAUCUUGUCAAUAACACGGUGCAUGUGAAGUGUGCAUUAACCCAGUUAGAGCAGUGGUUUUGUGGUUCCUUAGGGAUCCUCCCACUGGAUCCACUGGGUUCCCGGCAAAUGUAGGAAUCAUUAAAUGUCCCAAUAAUGUAGUUUACUUGAAAAACAGUCCUGUUGAAUAAUAAAUAAAUGCAAGUUAUAGACAGUUGUGUGCAGCUGUAGACAACAUUUAACCCUUUGAAACCUGGAUCGACAUCACUUUUUGUGCUGCGUUUAGAUGUUUUUCACAAAUAUUUAAA